GAAUCCUAACAAUAUACUCGGUUUGCCCAACGCUUCAAGAACUUCUUUUAAAAUGUCGUCCGAUCUCCAGUGGCUCCUUCUCCGCAACCACAACUCCUUCAUUGUGAAGCGUGUUCCGGAAGGUCCUGUCUUUUCAACAGAACCUGGCAACCUGCGCAAUCUCCACUCCUACAAGUACUCCGGCUUAGCCAACGAAAAGACUAUCGACAUCCGGGAUUCAAGUUCAGGUAUUCAAAUCACCACACGCAAGAAGAAAGCCUCAACGCACAGCGUCCACUCGGCACGGUCUACCCUGACAGUUCGCAACCGAUCGGGUGGCCGUCGCUCUCUUGGUGUCGCUGCUAGUUUAGCCAAGAAGGGAUACCGCGCUGACCUUCGUGCUGCCGCUCUCGGUCGUGUCUCUGCCAUCAUUGCCACUCAGAAGGAGAAAAAACCUACGCCACCAAAGAAGGUUCGGGGGAAGAAGGCGCUCGAAGCAUGAUUCUGAUUCCGUUCUAUCCACCUUUAUACGCUAUGUUUACACAUGACAAAACGAGAAAUCUAUGCCCAUUAGGCUCAUACUUUCAGACAAUGGGAGCAGAAUGCAAUACAAAUACAGCGUUGCACAUUGUACAGUCAAGAUGCGGAGAUAAUACACAGAUUCUCAGAAAGAUAAGGCUACUUGUUUCCCUUCAUCACCACUCAACCUGUUUCAUGUAUUCAAAUGGCAAAGGCUUUUCCCGAGGGCUGUGCAAUCCGCCCUCCCGCGCCAAACGAAUUCUUUGGGCCACUGUUUAAGUCUCUCGUAGGCCUAGUGCCUUCGAUUUUCCGAUAGAUGCUCUCCUUCAGCCUGUUAUCGUUGUCGUGAUUCCCAUGGCCAUGUUUCUUCUCCUUCUUUGGCGCUUCUUCCUCUAUAUGGGGAGGUGCUUGUGCAUGCUCCUCACCAGGAGGGGCCGGACGAGGGUAAUCUGGAUUUUCCUUUUGGCUAGUAUUAUCAGUUGGAGAUGAUGAGGUUGCAUGUGAUCUGGGUUUUGAAGAGACUGAAAGGCGACGACCACCGACUUUCAUAGCGGGAGCAUGCUGGGCCAAGUCUGUCAUGAUUCUGCAAGCAAUGGGCAAGUAAGAUAAGUGAUUGAAUUCUGUUGGGGGAUAUGAACAAUGAGAAGAGC